GAGGGCCCGGGGUAUGUUUUGAGGAGUUGGUGGUGGGCGAAAUAGUAUCUAAUUUAAUUUGGAUGGGUGGGGGAAUUCCCGAUCCUGCUUUGGACCAUGACAUGAACUGUGAGAGCGGGACCCUGAAGCUCAAGAGUCAGAUCACCUGAAAGGCCUCCUGGCCAACAUGGCAUCUGAAGAAGCCUCCCUCCGGGCAUUGGAAAGUUUAAUGACAGAGUUUUUCCAUGAUUGCACAACCAAUGAACGAAAACGUGAAAUAGAGGAGCUUCUGAAUAAUUUUGCUCAACAGAUUGGAGCCUGGAGAUUCUGCCUCUAUUUUCUCUCUAGCACACGGAAUGACUAUGUAAUGAUGUAUAGUUUAACGGUUUUUGAGAAUCUGAUCAAUAAAAUGUGGCUGGGAGUCCCAUCCCAGGAUAAGAUGGAAAUCCGAAGCUGCCUGCCCAAGCUCCUUCUAGCUCACCACAAAACCUUACCUUAUUUUAUCCGAAACAAACUCUGCAAAGUUAUUGUUGAUAUUGGCCGCCAAGAUUGGCCUAUGUUCUACCAUGACUUUUUUACAAACAUUUUACAGUUGAUUCAGUCCCCUUUGACCACUCCCCUUGGACUGAUCAUGUUGAAAACUACUUCAGAAGAAUUGGCCUGCCCCCGGGAAGACCUCAGUGUGGCUCGAAAAGAGGAAUUGAGAAAGCUGCUAUUGGACCAGGUACAAACUGUACUUGGAUUACUUACAGGUAUUUUGGAGACCAUUUGGGACAAACACAGUGUUACUGCUGCCACUCCACCACCAUCCCCAACUUCAGGAGAAAGUGGUGACCUACUAAGUAACCUGUUGCAGAGUCCUAGUGCAGCCAAACUGUUAAACCAGCCAAUCCCUAUCCUUGAUUCAGAGAGUGAGUAUAUCUGUUCCCUGGCUUUGGAGUGCCUGGCCCAUCUCUUCAGCUGGAUUCCUCUGUCUACCAGCAUCACCCCAUCCCUCCUUACCACGAUAUUCCACUUUGCUCGAUUUGGCUGUGACAUUCGGGCCAGAAAGAUGGCAUCAGUCAAUGGCAGCAAUCAGAACUGUGUCCUUGGUCAAGAACGUGGCAGGCUUGGAGUUCUGGCCAUGUCUUGCAUCAAUGAACUCAUGUCUAAGAACUGUGUGCCUAUGGAAUUUGAAGAGUAUUUACUGCGAAUGUUCCAGCAGACUUUUUACCUUCUGCAGAAAAUCACCAAGGAUAAUAAUUCUCACACAGUGAAGAGCAGACUAGAAGAAUUAGAUGAAAGCUACAUCGAGAAGUUUACUGACUUUCUUCGUCUCUUUGUGAGUGUCCAUUUGAGGAGGAUAGAAUCCUACUCUCAAUUCCCAGUGGUAGAGUUUUUGACGCUGUUAUUCAAGUACACAUUUCAUCAGCCUACCCAUGAAGGUUACUUCUCUUGUUUGGAUAUCUGGACCCUUUUUUUGGACUACCUGACUAGUAAAAUUAAAAGUCGUUUGGCAGAUAAGGAAGCUGUACUUAGCAGGUACAAAGAUGCCCUGGUCCUCUUGCUUACUGAGGUAUUGAAUCGAAUACAAUUCAGGUACAACCAGGCACAAUUGGAGGAAUUGGAUGAUGAAACCCUUGAUGAUGAUCAACAAACAGAGUGGCAGCGGUACUUACGCCAGAGCUUGGAAGUUGUGGCCAAAGUCAUGGAGCUCCUUCCCAGUCAUGCGUUCUCUACACUGUUUCCAGUUCUUCAGGACAAUUUAGAAGUUUAUCUGGGGUUACAGCAGUUUGUAGUUACUUCAGGGUCAGGUCACAGGUUGAACAUCACAGCAGAGAAUGAUUGCCGACGGUUACACUGUUCUCUCAGAGACUUGAGCUCUCUCCUCCAGGCUGUUGGCCGAUUAGCUGAAUAUUUUAUUGGAGAUAUGUUUGCUGCCAGAUUCAACGAUGCACUUACGGUUGUGGAGAGAUUGGUUAAAGUAACUUUAUAUGGAUCCCAGAUAAAAUUGUACAACAUUGAAACUGCUGUGCCAUCAGUAUUGAAACCUGACCUCAUUGAUGUUCAUGCUCAGUCCCUGGCAGCGCUCCAGGCUUACUCUCAUUGGUUAGCACAAUUUUAUAGUGAAGCUCAUCGACAGAACCCACAGCAGUUCAUCUCGCUGGUCUCCACUGCCAUGGAAGCAGUCACACCUCUUAUUAGUUCCAAGGUACAGGAGAAAUUACUCUUGUCUGCGUGCCAUUUACUGGUCUCUUUAGCCACUACAGUGCGGCCAGUCUUUCUCAUCAGCAUCCCAGCAGUUCAGAAAGUAUUCAACAGAAUCACAGAUACUUCUGCCCAGCCACUUGUGGAUAAGGCCCAGGUGUUGGUAUGCCGAGCCCUCUCCAAUGUACUACUGCUUCCUUGGCCAAACCUCCCAGAAAGUGAGCAGCAGUGGGCAGUGCGUUCAACAAACCAUGCCAGCCUCAUUUCAGCUCUGACCCGAGACUAUCGCCACCUGAAAUCCAGUGCCAUUGUCCCACAGAGGAAGAUGCAGUUGGAAGAUACUAAAGUGAUUAUCCAUCAGACACUUAGUGUCUUAGAAGAUAUCGUGGAAAGUAUCUCUGGGGAAGCUACAAAGUCUCGACAGAUUUGCUAUCAGUCGCUACAAGAAUCUGUUCAGGUCUCAUUGGCCCUUUUUCCAGCUUUUAUUCAUCAGUCAGAUGUGACUGAUGAGAUGCUGAGUUUCUUCCUUACCCUGUUUCAAGGCCUUAGAGUACAGAUGGGUGUGCCUUUUACAGAACAGAUCAUACAGACCUUUUUAAACAUGUUUACCAGAGAACAGUUAGCUGAAAGCAUUCUCCAUGAAGGGAGUACUGGCUGUCGGGUGGUUGAGAAAUUUCUUAAGAUCCUCCAGGUGGUAGUUCAAGAACCUGGCCAAGUGUUCAAGCCUUUCCUUCCAAGCAUCAUUUCACUAUGCAUGGAGCAGGUUUGCCCCAUUAUAGCUGAGCGUCCUUCUCCUGAUGUGAAAGCUGAAUUGUUUGAACUACUCUUCCGGAUUCUCCAUCACAACUGGAGGUAUUUCUUCAAGUCUAGUGUCUUGGCUAGUGUCCAUAGAGGAGUUACAGAAGAGCAGAUGGAAAAUGAAGUACAAUUCAGUGCCAUCAUGCAGGCUUUUGGACAAUCUUUUCUCCAGCCUGAUAUCCAUUUAUUUAAACAAAAUCUCUGUUACUUGGAGACUCUGAACACCAAGCAGAAGUUGUAUCAUAAAAAGAUCUUUCGGACCACCAUGCUGUUUCAGUUUGUGAAUGUGCUGCUUCAAGUCCUGGUCCACAAGUCACAUGACCUGCUACAAGAAGAGAUAGGGAUUGCCAUUUACAACAUGGCUUCAGUUGACUUUGACAGCUUCUAUGCGGCCUUCCUCCCAGAGUUUCUGGCUAGCUGUGAUGGUGUGGAUUCCAACCAGAAAAAUGUUCUGGGGAGGAAUUUCAAAAUGGAUCGGCCAUGCAGGUCAGAGAAGUAUUUGUCUGCCUCCUUUGCCAUUUGCCUGACUGUUUCUGAACUGGAGCCAUUGAAGAAAGAAGAGGAGGUCCAGGCAGGUGUCUUGUGCAGUUCCUUUAGUCCUUUCAUUGUGACAGUAGCCAAAGGAAAGUCAGAGGUGGAAACAGAUUGCAGUCUCUGUUUGUUAGCAGCACAGGCUACAUGUCAUGCUAACUGGGCCUUGGGCUGAUGGACACACCAGCUAAUUUCCCGCAUUGUUAUCCUAACUUCCAGCUUGUCGUCCUUGGCAAGACUGAGUUUUAGUUGUCUGGUCAUAAUUAUUGACCUCUUGUGGGAAAGCCAUUGUUGCUUUAUUGCAGUCUGUUUUUUAUCUCUCUUUCCCUAAGUAACAAAGAAAUAGAACUUCCUUUUUUCUUCUUAAUGUCUGAUAGAUAUUGAAGAAUACAUAUCCGUAGUACAUAAUAAAUUACAGUGACCUCCUCCCAUUCUUUUUCUCCUUUGACUUUCUUUAUUCCCAUAGCCUUUUGUGGUUUCUUUGAGUUCUCUGUUUUUUUUUGCUUACCCUCGGCUCUUAACCUUGAGGUUUUUCCUGUAUCUUUUAGUUGUUUCUUCUCUUUUUCCUUGAGUUUUGUAUGUGUUUUCAGUUUUUUCUUUUUCUCUUAGAUACUCUGAUCUUUAUCAUAGAGAACAUGUGAUUCAUUCUGUUCUUACUGAGGCUUUGAAAUUUACUGUCAUUAAUUUUCAGUAUUCUCAUUUUCUACCUUUUUUUUUUUUUUUUUUUGAUGUGGUGAUUGUUAGAGAUGUCUCAGAUAGGAAUAUAAGACUUAGAAAAAAAGAUUGCAAAGAGGUUUCUGUCUCAUUUGGGCAUAUGUUGGAGUCAGUAUAUGUCCUUGGAAUAUUUGAUGACAAAAUCAAUCAUCAAAAUGGGUUCUUAUCUUAAUGGGCCCUAGGAAAUAGCCCAAUGAUACUUUGCCACAAAUAACAUAAAGCUUCUCUAGUUACUGAAAAAACUUGUAAGUAAAUUUUGACCUUUGACUCUUCUUUCUUACUUUCCAAUCAAUUUUUGAUGUCUCAAAAUGGUCAUCAACCUUUUGAGCUCAUUAAAUCAGUGAAAAGAUGCUUGAUAGCCACUUGUGAAUGUUAGUCCACUCAGGAGAUGGUGUGGCUAUUAUUUUUGAGGAACAGCCAGUUUCCUUAUUCAGAUUCCUUUGGACUAUAUGUCAUAUAUCUCUUAAUAGACAUGUGGUAAAGGGAUCAUAUCUUUAGUAUACAGGAUCUAGCAACUUUAUAUUUUGCUAGAACUUCUUCUUAUAUAUCCUUCAAUACUUCUGUUGAGAAUUCUAUUGAGAAUUUUUCUUUAUGAUGCAAAGCCCAGUGCACCAUGCCUGUUUCCUUUGGUUAUCCUCUCUAUGGCUACUAAAGAUCACAGAUUUAGAGUUGGAAAAAGACCCAAGAGCAUCUAAUGGAAAAAGACCCAAGAGCAUCUAAUCUGCAAAUCAUCAUUUCACAGAUGAGAAAACUAAGGCUCAGAGAAGUUAGUAAGUGACUUACACCAGAUCAUACAGAUGGUAUGUAGCGGAACUGGGAUUCCUCUUAACUCCAGAUGCUGCUUUUUGUACCACUUCAUUUGUCCUACUGGCAAUUUCCAGGUGUUCAGAGAAAGCCUCAGAGGAGAAGGAAUUAGCAGUGAUAAUGAUUGACAAUUGAACUUUUCCUUAGAAAUUUUCACCCAUUUCCUUUAGUGGGGAUUUAAAUCUCCCUAUAAGUCAGGUAGUAUGGUAGUAAUUCUUUGCUUGUGAGAAGAAACUGGAGUUGUUAAGGGAAAAUAAGGGGAAGAAUCAGGGUGGAGUGUUGCCGGAUAUAUUUGUUGAAUUUAUGAUGCUGUGAUUUGCUGAAACCCCUGUAGUUUGCCUUUACAAAGUCCAAAUUACAUCAACUAUUGAUGCUCACUUUCCAAUGCUAUUUUCUUUCUUUUUUCUUUUUUAAAUUCCAUAAAUUUCCAAAUCCUUUCUUGUGAGGAUUGGUUCCUUGAGCUUUAACACUUAAGUAUAGUUUCUAACUGUGUUCUCUACCCAGUAGAAAUGUUGUAGAAGUAAUUUGCAUGGGGUGGAAAGGUCACACUAGAUAACCUUUCAACUUUACUUGUAUGACUCUUGUGUGUUAAGUUUUGUGCUCACACGCAUGCAUGCGUGUGUGCCUGCAUCUGUGUGUAUUUAAUUUUUUGGUUGUCCUAGUUUUUGUUUUUCUAUCUAUAUUGAUCAAAUUGACUUUUAAAAAGCUUUGUCUAUUAUCUCAGAAAGGAGUUGCUCAUAUUAGCUCUUUGGGAGAAACUAUUUAGGGGCAAGAAUUAUGCAGGGGCUUGACUUUUAGUGAGGGGGGAUACUAAAUAGGUGGAAAGAAAGAUUUCUUCUUUAGGAAGUUUUUUUUUUUUUUUUUUCUCUCUGUGUAUGGUAUUUUUGUGUAACUGGUUUCUUUUGUAAUGACAAACUGAAAUUGUUAAAAUUCCAAACUGAUGUCCCAUUUCAUCUGAAGAGGCCUUCCAUUUUUUCAACUCAUUUUUCUUAUGUAAUGAGCUUGUGUUUGGAGAGGAAACUUAUACUGAUCUGACCAAGAAUUAUAGAUUAAAUUUCAGAUUUAAUAUAUGUUGCAUUUAGAAGACUUAAGAUAAUUCAUUUUUCAUAGAAGGUGGACUGAGAACUGUAGACAAAGCUUUUAAUCCCUCUUGAUCCUACAUGGUUUAACAGAUCUGGACCAUCCUAAGACCACACAGAGAAUGCAGUGUGGGGGUAGGGAGAUUGACAAAGGGAGGGAAUCCUCACUCUAUAAAUCACAUUCUUUUUUGAGUCAAUGGGGUUUAUUUCUACAGGCCUGUCAGUUGCUUCAGCUAUAUCUUUCUAUC